CCGCCCCGCCGCGGGAUCAAAUACGCCACCUCCGCCCGUCCACUCCCUCGCCGCCCGUCUCCUACUCCUCCCCUACGACCAGAGCGCCAGCAGUAGAGCAGCCGUAGUAGUCCUCGGCUUGCCUCGCUGCCGCCGCUACCGAGCGGAGGCGGGAGGAUGAAGGUGACCGUCGUGUCCCGGAGCGGCCGGGAGCUCGUCAAGGGCGGCAUCGAGCUCAAGGACUCGGCCAAGGUCGCGGAUCUGCAGGAGGCCAUCCAUGCCAAGACUAAGAAGUAUUAUCCUUCUAGGCAGCGGCUCACCCUGCCUCAACAACCUGGAAAAGGUCGAAAGCCGGUUGUCCUUAGUCCGAAGGCCAGCCUGUCAGAAUACUGUGAGAAGGGUUCUGGGUCACUGACAGUAGUCUUUAAAGAUUUAGGCCCGCAGGUUUACUACAGCACGCUGUUCUUCUUUGAAUACUUGGGUCCUCUUAUUAUCUACCCCAUGUUCUAUUAUUUGCCCGUCUACAAAUACUUUGGAUAUGAGGGAGAACGGGUCAUCCAUCCUGUCCAGACCUACGCCAUGUACUCCUGGUGCUUCCACUACUUCAAGAGGAUCAUGGAGACAUUCUUUGUGCACCGUUUCAGCCACGCGACAUCACCUCUGUCAAAUGUCUUCAGGAACUGCGCCUACUACUGGACCUUUGGUGCUUACAUUGCUUACUACUGCAACCACCCGCUCUACACCCCUGUGAGUGAUCUGCAGAUGAAGAUUGGGUUUGGCUUUGGGAUCCUCUGCCAAAUCGCAAACUUCUACUGCCACAUCCUGCUGAGGAACCUCAGAAGCCCGAGCGGCAGUGGUGGUUACCAGAUCCCUCGUGGUUUCUUGUUCAACAUUGUGACGUGUGCGAACUACACCACUGAGAUCUACCAGUGGCUUGGGUUCAACAUUGCUACGCAGACUGUGGCCGGUUACAUCUUCCUCGUUGUGGCAGCAAGUAUCAUGACCAACUGGGCGCUGGGCAAGCACAGCCGUCUGAAGAAGCUGUUUGAUGGCAAGGACGGGAGACCCAAAUACCCUCGCCGCUGGGUGAUUCUCCCUCCAUUCCUGUGAAGGGGCAGCGACAAUUGUGGGUUGGCCCAUUGGGAUUCAAUAUCUACUGCGUUUGUUCUUCAAAAAAGAAAAUCUACUGCGUCCCCAGCGUUCAGAAGUUUGAUUCUUGAAUAUCAUCGUUUGUACUAAUCUCGUCGUACCAGCUAAACUUUAAUUCCGUGAUCUGAAAUUUCUAAUCCGAAAGAUGGAUGUGAAACUUUUUCUUUGAUUUCUGUCACAAUGUUACGCAUUGUUCCUGUGGAAAUGGUUAAAACAAUGACAGUUUCCAUCUGA